AGGUACCACUGUAUAAGCAUCCAGUAGUAUGUUAAGGUUGUUCCAAAGAUGGCUUAUGAGUGGAAGAAAGCCAGAAUGAGCAGGUUUUCAGUAAAACUGUAAAGUAUAAAACUAGAGCAGCCUAAACUCAGGAUUUACUUCCAAGUAAACAGUUACAAGGGGUGAAAUACUAUGCACACUAUUAAUUACUGUUGAAAGUAGAACUUUCAGUCUUUGAGACUGAAUUACACACAUUUCCAUUCUCAACUUUAUAGGAAUUAGAUCUAUGUAUAACUAUCGGGAUUUUUCCCCCCUAGGGAAGAAAAAAUAUUACAGUGAGAAAAUGAAGUUUUUUUCAAGAAUUCAUCCUAAUGCCUUGGCAUACUCCAUGACCACAUUAGGUGCAGGAAUGAUGAAUAGUAUCUUCAAUUUUUAUUAUGUUAAGCUCUUUUUAAACAAGUACAAGAUCUCAGAAGCAGCGUUCCAUCAAGCACAGGUUGUUUUUAUGAUAUGGAAUGCCAUUAAUGACCCUCUCUUUGGGUACAUUCAAGACAACUCCAAAGCACCAUGCUGCUCCAGACGUCAGGUUUCCAUCUUAUAUGGAGCUCCACUGUACGCUUUGGCCUUUCUGCUUCCGUGGUUUCCUUGGAAACAAUAUGAAGAAGGUGACUGGCUUAGCGGGCUUCAUCUUAUUGUUGCUUUGUGCGCUUUCGAUGGCCUGCUCACAUUUGUCUUGCUAGCACAGUGUGCACUCUUUGCUGAAAUUUCAACGAGACACGAAAGUAGACUCCAGCUUAUUAAGUAUAACCAAGUAGCAACCUUGCUUGGAUCCACCAGCAUUCUUUUCUGUGGCUUAAUUUCAGAUAACAUGGAUAACUUUACCUAUUUCCAAGCGUUUACCGUUCUGGUAGGGGCAGUUGCAGCUGCGUGCAUGUGUUACACUGGAAUGUACAGCACUACUCAGUAUGAAGAAAAGGGAGCUCUUACGGAGGGCUUUGCUGCAGAAGGUGCUGCGAGCUCUCUCUCUUUGUCUUCCGUGAUUUUGCUGACCAAACAAAUCAUGACUCAGAGAAAUUUUUUGCUUUUUGUGACUAUGAACUUCUUUCAAGUCUUCCAUUUGGCCUUCUGCAACAAUUUCAUGAUGAUCUUUGCAGAUAACCUCAUCCCCAAGGACAUUCUUUCCUCCACUAUCAGAAGCAUCAUGUACGGAGCAGGUUUUAUUUGUCCUCAGUGCAUUGUGCUCAUCAGUCACACCCUGUUGAGGAAAGUUGGUUACUAUAAGAUUAUCUUAUUUUCCUUCUACUUGGAAGGAAUAGCUGCAGCUAUCAUGUUCGUUCUAGGUCCAGAAUCCUACCACCUCAUGGCUUUUUAUCUCACAGUAAAUAUGGUAAUUGUUCAGGCUUCCUUCAGUUUGUUUAAUUUGCCUUUGGCUGAUAUUAUUGAUGCAGAUUUAAAGACACAUAGACGAAGAUCACCGCUUUCCUCCAUGGUUUUUGGAACAAAUGCCUUGUUUACAAAACCAGCCCAAUCUUUAGCCCCUAUGUUUGUGGUUACAAUACUUAAUCAAUUUGGUUAUGCAAAUCUGAGUGGUAAUGUUGCCCAGCCUGACCCAAAUUUAUUUCUAGGACUCCAUGAUGCCAUGUUCUACAUGAUCUGCCUAGUUCCAUUUUGCAUUGCAGUUAUACAGAUUCUGACAUGGACACCUUUUUCCAUUCAGAAUAGUCACCUAACACCUGUCCAUUGAACUGUAAAAACAUGCUUCAAGGAACCAAAUAUUUUAUACAAAGCAACUGCGAACAAGAAGUUUGGAUUUACUCUGUUCUUCAGACUAGCAGAUCAGUAGCAGACCUGAGCUAUUUAAUGCUCAUCUGUUUUUAAAUCCUUUAAAUCCUCUCACUCAGUGCUUUAUAUUAUGAAGAAAGUAUCUCUCAUCUGGUUGCCUAUCACAUAAUUGAAGAAAUACUAGAAAUCUCAGAUUUGAUGAAAGCAGUAACUUGUCUCUACCUCACAUUCACAUCCAAGAGAUAAUGGUAUAUUGGAAUUCUAUGAACAAAAAUAACUGACAUAUCUUUCGGAAUAGGUAAAGUCCCAUUGUAAUCUGCAUAUAAAAUGAAUUUAAAUAUCCUAAAAUGUGGAAAUGCUGCUGCUUUGCUGUAAACAGUAGAAAAAACGUAUUUUGCAUUAGGUUCUCUGUAUCACUGGCAAUUGUUCUGCAAAGCUCUACGUGCUUUCCCUAAAUUGGAUGGAUACCUUAUCCUUGCAGGAAAGGAAAGAAGGAGCUGUGAUAAUUUGGAGCCGACUCGGGAAAUUUGUAAACACUGUUCAGCAAAGAGACAAUAUCUAGAAGCUAGGGGAAAGUGCAGCUGGAGAGAGAAGAUAUUUGUAUAUGCUCUGUAGAGAAUUAAUGUGCGUGUUUAUAGACCAAAAAGAGUGGUCCUGACAUAUAGUAGCACUGCAGUUUGUUCAUAGGGAAGGGAUGUGGGGAAACGGGAGGAAGUACAGAAGAAGCAGGGCAGGAGGAAUCCGAGUAAAUGCUGACGAUGGAGAGGCAGGUUAUUGUGUGAUGUGUGGGGCAGAAGACUUGAGGCUUUUGAUGAAAAGGCUAAAUUUAAAAAAAGAGAAAGACGCUUGAGUACUCCAAAAGCAUAUUACAACAAAUGAGGAAAAAUCAAAAUGCUCUUAUGGUUUGGGCUUAUGGGGCAGUAGCAAAAAUCUAUCUACAGAACUGGCUAGCCUUGAAUUUUCUGGCUGCUUGAUGCCAUAUAGUUGGGAUAAGCAUAUAUAACAUUGUACUGAAGCUUUCUGUACUUGAUUUAAGAGAGCUUUCUGUCAAAUUACUUUUAUCUUCAUUUCCAGUAGCUGAAUACAGGAUUUUGGAUUUGUUCUUAUUAAAGCCUUUUAGUUUUCA